CACUUCAACAUGCCUGGCUGUCAACAAAUGUCACUGUUCAAUACGUCAAAAAUGGAGGAGGACCGUCUUUUCGACGAGAGAGUUUCAAUUCGAGAAUCUGCUCGACCAUUGAAAAAAUACGGCAGCACUUGCAAUCAUAUGAAAAGGAACGAAGAAUACAUUAAGCAUGUCAUGUCUAAAGGUGAUACGCUGCAAGGAAUCGCUCUGAAAUAUGGUGUAACUAUGGAGAAAAUAAGGAGAGCGAAUCGGCUAUUUGCCACGGAUAGUUUGUUUUUGAGGGAGUAUCUUCUUAUACCUGUGACAAAAGAUUCCCCUUUCUACGAGAAUGGGGAGCGAGUGACUGAGCCAGCGCCGCCCAGCCAUCGAGCGUCAAUCGCUGGGAUGCCUACUAGAGACUUUUCGCCAGGCAGUCCAGACGAAAAGAAAAGUUUUGACGACUUUUUGAAUAGGCUAGACUCAUCCCUGGCAGAUAUAAAGAAACAUGUUGAAAAGUCCAAGGAAAACAGUGAAUUCGUGAAAGAAAUCGACGAGGGCUUCGUGAGACACCGCCCGACCGCCCGCUUGCGGCAGUCAGCGUCCAUGGGCGCGUCCACGUCUUACAACGAGGUGAUCCCGCCGCCGCUGCCGCCACCGACCGCCACCCUGACCCAGGGUCGCCGGGUCGACUCCUCGCUGAAGCGUCUGGAGAGAGCGCACGACGACCUGUUCCAGUUGUAGCGGUCGAGGCAGCGCAGGUAUGCGCGGUUCCAAUGAACGUGACGCCUGCGGCUGAGAUGUCCAGCAUCUGUAUUACGUAAGGCGAUUGCCCCCAGACGCCAUGAAGUCGCUAUCAUCGUGAUAGCAACUACGGCUGUCAGGACUCAGCGAUCGCCAUCCGUAAUAGCACCGCGUACGGUGAGCGCGUGAGGUCACCUCCACAUGGACACUAUCUGUGAGUGAUGACGUUUUAGUCCUAUGAACACAAGUAAAAGUAAUCUAAUAAUUUUAAGUAUAGUUAAAUGUAACAUCCAACAGUCGAUAGCUUUGGUAGGCUGACGUUGAAAGGUCCGAGUGUCUGAAAAAUAGUUUUAUUGAAAAAAAACUUGUUAUGAACGAAAAUAGUUGCAGGUUCUACAUUUUGUACAGACGAUAGCACAUCAAGAUAAAAACUCAUAUUAUCUAGUUACAAUAGACACUAAAGUACGAGUAGCUGUGCUUUCGACUGUACAUCUUACAUUAUUUUGUCUAUACAUGAUCAUCUUUGCCGAUGUACGUAAAAUUUGGCCCUUCACUCACUUUGCUACUUCGGAGUAGCAAAGUUAUAGGACGUGCAAGGACCGCGUACAUAUUUAAUAUGACCAGAAUUUGGUUAUAAAUGUAGAUAAAUAAUACCUUGCUUGACAAAAAUAAGUACAUUAAUGUCACAUUUAUUUCAGUUAAACCUUCUUUGUAAGGGGAACUGAUUGUUGGUCAAAUCAAUACGUUUAUCCAUGAUUAACCCAAAUAUGUUAAUGAUUUGCAAAUCUGAAUGUAAUCUUGCGAUAAAAUAAGUGUAUUUAGUAAAUCAGUACCGAAUUAUCAAUGACUGAUUCAUUGAUAUUUGACCUGUUGGCCAAAUAAUAUGUACCUCUUGAAAACUGCUAAAACAAAUAACUUUAUGCAUCAAGACGCUAUAUACAAUAAUAAAUUGAAAAGAUGUUAUUAAAAAAUCUAAAAAUUACAUCCUAUCUACACGUAAGCAAAAAACAGAAACGAAUUUUCAGAUUGUUUGUGAACUUGAAAUAAAACCUGGCAGCUAGUCAUUAAGACCAUAGAUAUGCACAAUGGCAACAAUUUAUUAACCUAUUAUGUACUUUAGGAAGUACUUUAUCGCCGCUUUCUAUGUACUGUAUACAGAUAUGCAAUCUCGAACCUCACGCAGCUCACUGGAUGGUCAAGUGAUAAAUUACUAUUCAUAAUAAAUAUAGAUAUAGAUAUUAGCUAGGUAAUGCGUAUAUUAUAUGAAUAUGUAUCAGCCCUUUUAAGAAACCGGUCUUACCGCUGCCUCUGACAAGACCAGCUCAUAGACAAAGUAACAUUCGAUAUUUAAAUUCGAGAAUUUAAAUUAGAAAUGACGAAAGCUUUCGGCGACUCGUUUGACCGAAGCUAUCUAAUGCCACGUAGAUUAUAAAAUAUUUAAUAGAUUAACUAGCGGAGCGAAAUCGUUUCGAGACGUUACUUUGUCUACAGGCGAUAGCGAUAGAUAGACAUAGACAAUACAUAAUAUUGGUUGUUACAUGCAAAGUCGUAUUUGCAUUUUUUGUUUUAGAAUAUUUUAUCUAUUUAUUUAAAUUGGUACAUGCAAAAUUCCAAAAUGCUGUGAGAUGUAAUUAUAUUUUUAGCAAACAUAGUAAAAUAAAUUAAUUAGCCUAUUUGUUGAAUUAGCUAAAUGCAGUAAAGGUCACAUUACGAGAAAUGAUAGCCUCUAAAUGUGUAGCAUUCUACCGAUAAGUCAAGAUGAGUAUCUAAUAAAUUAUGUGUUAGAUAUGAAUACGUCCACGUUACAACAAUAUACAUAAACGUAACUAAAUAAUAUGCCUACCUACAUAAAAUAUAAAGGAUUUUCUUACUAAAAUAUAAAUGUUGCUAUUUUAACUGUAGGCAAAAUAUACAUUAAAAAACUGAAUUAAAUAGCGUUGACUCGUUUUAUAUUUAUUUUAUAGAUUUACUCAAAAUAUGGCAAAUAAAUUACGCAUAUUUAAACAUAGCAUAUUAAAACCCAAAUUAAUAAUGUAUCCAUAAUUGUUUUUAAAGUAAAUAAUAAUCAUAAUAGAUUUAUUGUAUUCUAAGGUUGAAUGUACACUACAUGAGAAAUUUCCUUCAUUUUCUUUUCUGCUUAAAUAACUUCAAUGGUAUUUUCUAUAAUAUUCUGACUUCCAAAUAGAGAUCCAGAUUUGUGACCUCAUGAUGAAAGAAUUUCUAUCCAUAUAUAAACAUAAUAUCCUCAGAUUAAAAGGGAUUUUUCUAUAACUACGCUAAAUUGGCUGUCCUAUAUUUUUCAUUCACAAUUUGUGUAACUCUGCUAUGAUAGUGUAAAUUCGACCUUACGACGCCAAGUACUAAAGAGGCACUAAAUAAAUGUAAAAGUUGUAAAAUAAUAUUUGUUGAGCUUAAUAGAGUAUAACAAAUACCUGUUUUAUUCGUUGUGUAAAAGUAUAAUAUCAUAUAAUGUAUCGUAGAACUAAGACUCCAAUAUACAACAGCGAGUUGUAUAAUAUGAUUGUCACGUUUGAUCCUUUAUUGUCAUACAUAUAAUAAGAGUAAUGUCGUGUGUCUGGUGUUCGUCAAUGUAUGUCAAAUCAUUAUAUUUAAAAAUUCUUCUUCACCAAAAUAAGGUCUCGGGAGAGUGACUAAAGAGAGAUAAUAAUGAGAGAUUUAAUACAAAAUUGACAUCUUAGCUACUGUUGAAAUUUAAGCUGAAAGAGCACAUCAGUAUAAUAUUCCUUACAUGAAUGUUAUUUGCAUUGAUGUGAAUAAAGAACACUAGUUGAUGAUAUUCAUAUUCAUUUUAUUCACUUCACAAUGUACAAAUAUUAAAGACAGAUGUUAAAAAAAUGUUACAUUGCUACCUCCCAGAGGUAUAUGUGAUUUGUAAAUUACAGACUAUUAAUAGUCCAUGUACUAUAAAUAGUACACGACAUUUUAUAAUAGCAAUUGUUUUAUUGUGGCAGUGAAAGGAUUAAGUUAACAUUGGAUUAGGUAUAUUGUAAAUUGCCUGUUAUUUUGGUGAAGAAGUAGUUACUAAUUUUAUAAGUUACAAGUUUUGUCGCAAAUAAAUAUAGUGUUUUGUAGUUUAGUGUAAUCUAUUGUUAAUAUACAAAUGUCAUUUUUGAUGGAUGUGUUGAAUUUUCACAAUAACAUUUUGUAAGCCCUCUUUGGCGAUAUUUGCUAUAAGACAUUUUGAAUAAUCUUUAUAAUUUUUGCAUCACAUUGAAGCGUGUUUGUCGUGAGUGUAUCAUUAUGUAAUAUUUCAGUGCCUUGUGACAAGCUCACGUUACUUCCAAUGUAUCUAUGUGUAAACUUUAUAGUCAUUUUGCAGCUGUAUCCUUCAUUAUUAUUUCAUAUUAAUUCUAUUAGUGAAUAACUCAACGAAGUAUAAGUUGCAAUAGAGGACAAUUAUACGCUUUUCUGCUUAUUGAUUCUGGUGCUAUAAUUUGUUUUUAUGCGUUUAUGUAUUCCAAGCAGUGACUGUCCAUCUGAUAUUAACUGAAAGAUACAUAUUUUACAGAUUAACUCAUCCCAGCUCAGUUGGAUAUACAGCUUUAUAAGUUAAAAAAUCGAACAAGUUUUUUCCAAAUUAUUGUUGUUUACUAAAUUAUAAGAGCUAUGUAAAAUAUUGUAUAUAGUUUCAUGUAUUUAUGUAUACAUUUAGUGUGGCUCUACUGUAAUAUCCAUUGUGGAUAGGUCCAAUACAAUUCAGUUAUAUUUUGCAGAUUAGUGUACGCUUUUAUUUUUGUAAAUUAUCCCCUUUAAUUUAUGCUAGUUGAGCUUUAAUAAAUAAUAUUUUAUUACAUGUUA